CAUGAAAAGUAAAGGAAAAAAAAUGAUGCAUAAUACAUAUUAUAUCAUCACAUUUAUGAGAUGAAAAUUCAAUCAUUUGCCACUAUAGUAUAAUUAUGCAUAUUAGUUACGAACUUUUCCCUAAUCACGUGCUACAUGUACAAUUCUAUAAAAGAAAAUCACUGAACAAUAACAAAUACACUUGUCAAAACAUGGUUGAGAAAAAAUACCAAGCUGUUAGCGAAAAAGACUGUGAAAGUCCCUCUAACGAUGAUGAAAUCUACAAAAUUCAUUCGGCGAAAACAAUCCUACCCCAGGUUUUCGCGGGGAUAACGGUCUGCCUAUUCAACAUGAUAACAGGGAUGGCUCUGUCAUUUUCUGGUGUACUAAUUCCUGCCUUGGAAUCACCCCACAGCGAGAUAAACGUAACUGAUAACGAAAUCUCUUGGAUGGCUAGUGUAAAUUCCUUCACGAUGAUGACCGGGUCUCUUUUUACCGGCAUUCUCGAAGAAAAUUUUGGCCGUUUAACCACCAUAAAAAUAUCGGCUAUUCCCACGAUAAUAGGCUGGAUUUUAAUUACAAAAGCAUCCACAAUUCAAAUCCUACUUUGUGGAAGGGCACUGACAGGGUUAGGAUCAGCUUUUAGUCUCGUUACGGCUGGCGUAUACCUGGGGGAAACAAGUUGGCCGAAUGUAAGGAGCGUUCUCAUGGUAGUACCAUGUCUCACUUCUUCUAUUGGGGUCGCAAUAGUAUAUUUACUGGGUUUCGUAAUNACUCUUCGAUUAACAUUUUAA